AUGGCUAGGUACCGACUGGCUGUGAGAUUUCGCCUCAUCCGCGAUCGAGAUCUGACCUCCGUGAGUCAGGACGGGAGCGAUGGCCCUGUGUCCCGUUUACGCGAACCACCUAGGGAAGGGUGGCGGUUCCUCGAGCAGCAGCAGCAGCUGUGUCGAGUCACCUGCCCGAAAUUUCGAAAUGCAGCUCCCCUCGACCUGGCCGACGAUAAGGACGAUCCAUUAGCAGGGAAAAACCAAACUCACGGGUUGGAGAGCCACGUCGUUCCUAAAUUCAAGAAUGGCUGCCCGGGAACCGUGAAAGAUAUUCCCGGAAGAUAUAAAGACGGCGGACUGUUAGGGCACCACCUGGAGGUGCGUCCCCUCGAUUCGAUCUCGGCCAGAAACGAUACGACGAUGUCGACGUCGAUCGUCAAGAGCGGUUCUCUCUCGCGACUAAACCACGACGCGGGCCGUCCGACGUCCGGCGUCGCGGCGACUUCCGGGGGCCCCGUAAGCACCGGAAAUACCGGGGGUGCAGAAAUUCCGCACCAGGAGUGGCAAGAACAGGAAAGUGACUCCGAGAUCAGCGAGACCGAUUUUCUGACCAAGGGCGCCUUUUUACUGACGCCCAGCCAUGAACUCAGCAUGGAAAAGGCGGCGAGUAUCUGCGAGAAAAUGAACUUCCGAGGCACGUUCUCUCUGACCAAGACCGCGACUGGGAUAUUGUUUAAAUUCAGCAACAUCGACGACUUUCAAGCGGUUUACAAGAAGGGCUUCCACAAGGUGACUGGAGCCCGGUUUUACAAGAAGGUUGCCAUUCCAUGCCGGCCGGCGAAAACUUUCACCGUCUACGUCCUGGACGUCCCUGAAGAGGUCCCCGAGGAUGACAUCCGACACGCUCUCUACAAGUAUCGAUCCAUCGUCGAGGUAACGAGGUUACCUCUCAACACGGGAACCGUGCUGAAGGCAAUUAACGAGAGAUUGAAGCUCGAUGCUGCGUCGACGGGGCAAACCGUGAACGAGUCUUGCACCAAUUACACGGGUCCUCCUGUGGUGAGGAUCACCCUGGCGAGUUUGGAGGAGACUUCGUCCCUCGUUAGCCGUGGUUUGGAUUUUUAUGGGGCUACUUAUUUCCCCACGGAGAUGGUGGAUCCGCAGCCCGUGCCUCGGCCGCUCGCCAAGUACAAGAACACCGCUAGGUGGUUCGAGCUGGCCGCCAUUGGCACGGGUCAAAGGGUUAGGGAUCUGUUGCCGGUAUUCGACAACGCGGCUUUCGACAAAUUUCCGCCACCAGCCAGUCGGGUGAUCAAGCCUCAAAGGAACUGACUCGGACUCUCGGCGAAAUCGGGGAUGCCAACCUGGAUGCAAAAACGACAUGACCAGGGGUACCAAAAAGACAAGAGGCACGCAUUGCGACACUCGUCCCUCCGAUAGCCGAUCGAAUGUAGAAUAGAAGUCUAUGAAUGUACAUUAAUAAAUCCGAGA